UAGAGAGAAGAGAUAUAAACAGUUCUAAACAAUAUUUAGUCGAGUGAACGUAGCGCUAAACUAUGCUUGAAAAUAUCAACGCUUCUUAGGUCUCAGUGAACUAGAGACAGAAUUCAAAAUGAAACUAUUGUUUUUGUGUACUGCUGUACUGUACUGCAGUGUUGCUGGCGCAGUACCAGUCGCUGUACCUGCACCUUUCCCUGGAGGUGUUGGUCCUGACGGAACCAGAUACAAGACAGCUUACAAAUGCGAGAGUGAAAGAUUGGAACUAACAUGUCCUGAGGAUCACAAGAUCAAGAUCAUCAGAGCAAACUUCGGCAGGUUCAGUAUUGCCAUCUGUAACAGGCACGGAGAGAUGGAUAUGUCUGUGAACUGUAUGGCUCCAUCAUCUACUAGAGUUAUGAAGAAACGGUGUGACAGUAGGGACAGUUGUUCAAUCCAGAUCAGCUCCAGUCUGUUCGGAGAUCCUUGUCCUAAUACUCCUAAAUACCUGGAGGUGCACUACGGUUGUGUUCCAACCACCACGACCACCACAGCUAAACCUCUCCCUCCCUGGUUCCUAGAAGGGGGUGGAGAUGCACUAUGGGAUUCACGUAUUCCAGACCCACCAGAAGGGUUCGCUGACUCUGAUACUAAACCACAAACUGGUGAUGAAAUCCUGGAUAGAAUACCUAUUACAACGCCAACUACAAGCAGCACAACCACAACAAUACCCUCUACCACAGCCGCAACAACCACAACAACGCUUUCCACAUCUUCCUCUCCAGUGGAGAAGAUGGUUGAGAAGGACGACGAGGAGUUAUCUACCGAACCUGAAGGAAUGGAAUAUUAUCACCUGAGCCCUGUUAAUGAUAUUGAAGUAAAUAUUGUUGAUAUUCCUCUAGAGGAUCAACCUCUACACUGUCCUCCAGUUAUCUCACGGAACCUCCACUGGAACUGGACAGCUGCUGGAGAAACCUCUAUCCAACCCUGUCCUCCAGGUAGUACUGGAUUAGCUCGUUGGUCCUGUUCCUCUCCUGUUGAUGAGUCCUCACCUAUAUUCUGGUCUACAGAGCAGCCUGAUAUGGGAGAUUGUAAAACUGUCUCCAUGUCAAGACUUGAAGCAAAGGUUCAGUCCGGGGACCUGGAGAACGUGAUCUCCUCCUCCCUUGCACACCUAAGCAGGACGGAAUCCUUGUACGGAGGAGAUAUUGAACAAAGCGCUGCUGUUAUGAAAACUUUGUCGAACCGAAUCCAGUACCUUCUCCAGACACAGGGAGAUACGUUCUACAAUAAAGGGAUCUAUAUCCAAGAGGUUCUACUCAACAUGGUUCGUUCAGCCAGUAAUCUGGUGGAUAUCUCCAAUAGAUCCGCCUGGAAGGAUCUAUCCCCAGCAAGACAAGUUAAGGCGGCUAAUUCAAUUCUUCAAGCUUUAGAAGAGAACUCUUUUCUUUUUGCUGAAGUAACAAACAAGGAGGAAAUUCUCAUGGAGUCAGCUAAAAAUAUAUAUAUGAGCGUGAAUAUACAAGACGUGGGACGACUCAGUAAUGGAACGGAGUUGGGACGAGAUGAGGACGGAGAGAACUCUAUCCUGCUCCCAUUCAACGUCCUGUGGGACCAAUCCCGGAGCGGAAUCAUCAAACUGGUUCAUUUCUCCUUCACUAAUGUUCAUGAGAUCCUUGGUUCAGCAAACAUUGUUGUCUCCACUACUGGAAAGGAGCCGUUAAGACUCAAUUCUAGACUUGUUUCAGCUUCCUUUGGACGAAACCGUCGAAUCCAGUUUCCUGACACUGUUGAAGUUACUCUUCACCAUCUAGAGCCUCAGGAGAAUGUUGAUCCCAUCUGCGUUUCCUGGAACCCGGAGCUGGGUUAUUGGUCCGACUCUGGAUGUUCCUUGAUAGAAUCCAACCUAUCUGUCUCCAGAUGUAGAUGCGACCACAUGUCAGUGUACGGCCUGGUGUCCCGAGUACCCGGAGCUGAAGCUACACCUGGGUUUUCUAUCAUGACUCUCCAGAUCGUGACGUAUAUUGUUGCGGCCAUCUCUGUAAUCUGUGUGGUCCUUAUCCUAGUCAAGUUUCGUCGUGGUCUGGUUCGGUUUGUGUGCAAGGUUUCCCAGAGCUCUGAGAAACACGUCUGCAACCCAAAAUCUGUUUCUCUGCCUACUAAUAUCUCCGAAACCCACCAUACGCUUCAUAGCAACCUGCAGAGAAACCUGGCACCAGGAGGAGGGAAAGGACCUGAGUUCGUAAUCCAGGAUCAGGACGGAACCAUGACAAUCCUUCCCAACAUUUACAAGACGAACCUGGAGAACGGACAGCCCGUGAUGGUGACCUUGAACCCCUACAGCUCCCAGCUGGUGGACAACCUGAACAAGAUGAUGAAGGAGAGCGGAGAAGGGGAGGUGGACUCCAUGAAUGGAACCAUGAACCCCCAGCUAGCCAGGCUGACUGCUACCUUGAGAAAGAAAAGAUGUGAUCUUGGUCACCCUGGUCCCUGUCGUAGAACCUGUGGGAUUAAUGUCCAGGAGAGCUGUCUUCCUCUAGCUGACCGGGGUUCAAGGAUUAAUCCUGGCGAUGUGGUUCUCCGAGCCAUAUCUCCACAUGGACAUAUUUACUAUGAGAUCAAUCCUAAACAAGAUUCUACCCUGGCGAAACAGAUAAAUAAAUCCCAACCAUCCAGCGGAGAUGAGAAUACAAACAGUGAUCUUCAAAAUAUCUCAGACUUUUCGGACGACGACCAUAGAGCGCACAGUGAGAUGUCCCGUCAAAGUUCAAGUAGGUUCUCUGAGUCUAGACCCUUGAUCUACACCAGCUCUGCCAGUACUUCUCCAGGUGGUUCAGAACUCUCUAGGCAUACACACCUUACAGACAUCUCCAGGCAUACACAUAUCAGUGAUGGACACGCGAGCACAGCGAGUCGGCCAAAGUUUACCCGGGGAACCGUUGGAAGAACUCAAUGGCCAACACUCCCACCAAAUUUCCACGAGGAGGUUUAUGCAUACGCAGCAACAGAUUUCUCCGGGUCUACUCCGAUACCCGGAAUCCCGGAGCAGAUCCAGAGCCAGGUUCAAAUCAAGGAUCUCCGGACUGUUACCGGGAGUGUCAAGAGUAAGGAAUAUAUGAUGGGGAUGAUUGCUGAUAUUAAGAAGAGAAACCUGAACCAUGUUUAAUUCCUAAACCCAGAGCAAUAAACCCUGUCGGUUCAUCCGAACAGAAAAUUCUUCAGAACAAUUGGAAAAUGCACAAUUCUGUGAAUUCUUCAAAACUAUUUCUACGGAGGGAACAAAGGGUGAAUUAUGGCCUCAAGAGUAGACAUGAACUCUCCAUUUGAUAAACCUGUUAUUUUUAAUAUUUUUUGUUUUGUUUUUUAACGUAAAGGAUACAAAAUCAAAACCAUACAAUUUCACGGUUUUGUGUCCUUACGCUUUCUUUUUAUUUAUCCCUUAGAUAAUUUGACAUUUUAAAGAUUUAUACUGCAACAUAUUGCAGAUAUUCUGCGUGCAAAAAGGCUGUGAUUUAAGGCUGUAGAUAGUUUUUGCGGGAGAUUCUGAGAAAAAUUGAAAUUUGAAUUAAAGGCACAGGCUGGAGUAAAUAGGAUAUUCAAUUUUUCAACCAACUUUACACAACUUUGUUCCAAAUUUAUUUAUGAAUUAAUGACUUAAUUAGGAUUGAAACCACAAUAGUUUUUUUGAGCAAAUAAAUACAAUUUUCAAACAAGAAUAUCAAUGUUUUCAUCAUAUCGUUUGUAUCGAACCAUAUCAGUAUAAAUGUUCCGCAUUUAACAGUUUUGUGUAGUUUAAUAAACCCAACAUAUAUCAU